GCUCUGUUUUACGCAGCAGGUCUUCAGGAUUUUUCCGGCUUUUAUGGUUGUCCAAAAGAAGCUGUAUGGAGCUCUCGGACGGAUAUAUACGUAGGGAUUCUCUCUCCGAGAUUCUUCUUUGCUCGCAGUGGAGUGGCUUUGAUAGAAAGUAUGGAAUACAUUCACAAGCGCCCUUCACAAUGGGUUUUGGUUCUCUUGUUGGCAUUAGAUUCUACUGUAAAAAUUUUGACAGUUCUCUCAAUUCUCUGCAGAUUCGUUAUUGCGCCAUUGGCAAUAUUCCUUUUCUUGGCACACAAGUUGUGGAGAGAAAAGAAAUCAGUGGAUGCCGUCGAGAAGUUCCUUCGAAGCCAGAGGGCGCUCGCGCCGAUGAGGUACGCAUAUACCGACCUCAUUGCAAUCACAGGCCACUUCCGAGAAAAGCUCGGCCAAGGAGGAUUCGGUUUUGUAUCCAAAGGAGUUCUCCCUGGCGGCGUUCUUGUGGCAGUGAAGAUGUUGUUAAGCAAUUCUAGAUGCAAUGGGGAAGAGUUCAUCAACGAGGUCUCUACCAUCGGUAGGAUCCACCACGUCAACGUGAUAAAGCUUGUCGGGUUCUGCUCCGAGGGAUCGAAGAGGGCCCUCGUCUAUGAGUACAUGCCUAACGGAUCGCUCGACAAGCAUAUCUUCUCUGCCAAUGGAGUCGCUGGUCGGCGAACAUUCACGUGGGACAAACUCAAUGACAUAGCCUUGGGAAUCGCCCGUGGCAUCAACUACUUGCACCAGGGAUGCGAUAAGAGAAUUUUACACUUCGAUAUCAAGCCACAGAAUGUCCUCUUAGACCGAAACUUCACUCCAAAGGUUUCGGAUUUCGGGCUAGCAAAAUUGUACCCAAAGGACACCAGCCUUGUGUCGAUGAGUACUACUAGAGGAACAACAGGAUACAUUGCACCUGAAUUGAUUUCGAGGAGCUUCGGUGUUAUAUCUCACAAGUCUGAUGUCUACAGCUUCGGAAUGCUACUGAUGGAGAUGGCGGGAGGAAGGAGGAAUGCUGACCCUCGAGCUGAGAAUUCAAGCCAGGCCUAUUAUCCUUCAUGGAUAUACGAUCGAUUAACCCAGCCUGAAAUAAGUGAAAUAAGCACCACUUUUGAUAUUGCAGAGGGGGAGCGAAAGUUAUGCAUUGUUGGAUUGUGGUGUAUUCAGAUAAGACCCUCGGCUCGCCCUGCCAUGAGCAAAGUUAUAGAAAUGCUAGAAGCAGAUGUCGAAACACUUGAAAUGCCGCCGAAGCCUUUCUUCUCUGCAGAAGAGCCAAUUCCUACCAUUAGCGUAAGUUGCUUGGGUUCUUCCUCAGAGUUCCCUGCCAUCUCAGAAGAUGAGUGAUGAAACCUUGAAUAGAAAUUUAUUCAGCAACAAUAAAGACAAACUAACAGAUAGAUAGAUAGAUAGAUAGAUAGAUAGAAAGAUAGGAGCUAGGAAAGGUUCCUAAAAGCAGCAAGCUAGCCAAUGGUGCUAGAAAUUUUUUGGCCAUCAAAUCCAUCCAGAUCCAUGAGAGAGUGCUUUGAGAUCUGAUGAACAUCAAAAUGUGCUCACAAAUAGAUGCUCCUAUGGAUCCCAGAGCACUCUUCCAACCAAUCCCAAUAUGAAUAGAGUGGCCAAAUAGUUGCGACCACAAAGAACCUUGUAUCUAUAUAAUC